AUGCCAGUCCAAGAACUCCCACCACUACCGUCAAACGCCGGCGAAAUCGACGAGGAGACGUGGGUAUGGACCCAAAUCAAAGCCGAAGCCCAGCGUGGCGCCAAAUCCGAACCAGCACUCGCAAGCUACCUCUACUCAACAAUCGUCUCUCACUCCUCUCUCUCCCGAUCUCUCUCCUUCCACCUUGGCAACAAGCUCUGCUCCUCCACCCUCCUCUACGACCUCUUCCUCAACACCUUCUCCUCCGACUCCUCCCUCCGUUCCACCACCGUCGCAGACCUCCGCGCCGCCCGGAUCUGCGACCCGGCCUGCCUCUCCUCCCACUGCCUCCUCAAUUACAAAGGCUUCCUCACUCUCCAAGCCCACCGGGUCGCCCACAAGCUCUGGAUCCAGAACCGAAAACCCAUUUCCCUCGCACUCCAUUCCCGAGUCUCCGAUGUCUUCUCCGUCGAUAUUCACCCGGCAGCGAGGAUCGGAAAGGGGGUUUUGUUGGAACAUGCGACGGGAUUGGUGAUCGGAGAGACGGCGGUGGUCGGGAACAAUGUGUCGAUUCUUCAUCAUGUGACAUUGGAGGGGACUGGGAACGUGGGUGGGAAUAGACAUCCGAAGAUUGGAGAUGGGGUUUUGAUUGGGGCUGGAGCGAUGGUUUUGGGGCACGUGAAGAUUUGGGAGGGGGUGAAGAUAGGGGCGGGGUCGGUGGUGUUGAUAGAUAUGCCGCCGUGGACGACGGCGAUGGGGAAUCCGGUGAGAUUGGUGGGCGGGAAGGAACAGUCGAAGGUUCAUGAUGAUGUGCCAGGGGAGUCUAUGGAUCAUAGUGCCUGUUUAGUGCAGCUUAAAAGCUACUUAUUUUAG